GGAGCACGGAGCAGAGCCCACAGCUGGAGCAGCUGCCCGACGCCCACAGGACGCAGCCGAGCGCAGCCGACACAGGCGAGGAGCUCACCACAGCUGAGGAGCCCACCACAGCUGAGGCACCCAGAAAGCUCCAGGAUGCAGCCGGCUCCAGCCCUCGCUUGCCUCGCCCUGGGCCUGGCCCUGGCCUGCGGGGAAGGCUCGGCUCUCCGCCGCCGAGAGCUCCGCACGGCGCGCCAGGCCACCGACUUCGGAGUGAAGGUGUUCCGGCGCGUGCUCCAGGCCUCCGGGGACCGCAACGUGGUCUUCUCGCCGUAUGGCGUGUCCUCGGUGAUGGCCAUGCUGCAGCUGACCACGGCCGGGAGAACCCUGCAGCAGAUCCAGGAUGCCAUGGGCUUCAGCAUCAGCGAGAAAGGCACAGCCCCCGCCCUCCGCCGGCUGUCCCGGGAGCUCGUGGGGCCGUGGAACAAGGACGAGAUCAGCACCGCAGACGCCAUCUUCGUCCAGCGGGAUCUGGAGCUGGUCCAGGGCUUCAUGCCCAACUUCUUCAAGCUCUUCCGGACCACGGUGAAGCAGGUGGACUUCUCAGAGGCGGAGCGGGCCACCUUUAUCAUCAAUGACUGGGUGGAGAGGCACACCAAAGGCAUGAUCGGGGACCUCCUUCCCGGGGGCGCGGUGGACGGGCUCACUCGCCUGCUGCUGGUGAACGCACUCCACUUCCACGGCCGGUGGCGGACGCCCUUCCCCGAGGCCGGCACGCACCGCCGCCUCUUCCACAAGUCCGACGGCAGCACCGUCCCGGUGCCCAUGAUGGCCCAGACCAGCAAGUUCAACUACACCGAGUUCACGACUCCGGACGGCCACUUCUACGACGUGCUUGAACUGCCCUACCACGGCGAGACCCUCAGCAUGUUCAUCGCCGCGCCGUGCGACAAAGCCGUGCCCCUCGCCGCCCUCACUGACACCCUGGACGCCGAGCUCGUCAGACACUGGAGAGGCAACAUGACCAGGCUGCCCCGCCUCGUCAUCCUGCCGAGGUUCUCUCUGGAGACGGAAGUGGACCUCAGGGGCCCCCUGGAGGACCUGGGUGUGACUGACAUGUUCCACCCAAGCAAGGCCGACUUCACUCGCCUUUCCGGCCGAGAGCCACUCUCCGCAGCCCAGGCACGGCAGAAGGUCAAGAUGGAGGUGAACGAGAGCGGCACGGUGGCGUCCUCCUCCACCGCCAUUCUAGUCUCUGCGCGCAUGGCCCCUCUGGAGGUGGUCAUGGACCGAUCCUUCCUGUUUGUGGUUCGGCACAAUCCGACAGAGACCAUCCUCCUCCUGGGCCAGCUGAUGGAGCCCUGACCGCCGGAGGAGAAGCCUCCAUCUGGGACAGAACUGGACACAUUGUGAGCAAAGGCUCAGGAGAAGGAACUGCUUCCCGGACUCUCCCGCAGAAAGAGGAGGCGUUUCCUUUCCACUCACACUGGUAAACCUGCCCGCGGCCUCCCAGCCUCGGACUCUGCGGGGAGAAGCUCUGAGGCCCCGGCAGGGCACCCGUCCCCGGCUCUGUGAAUCCCGACCCUGGGCGUGCCCAGCUCCCGCCCCGGGCCUCGGAGCCGGGCACUCGCGCGUGCCACCGUCCUGGCGCCGCCGAGAGGCCUUGCCAGCCCGGGGCGGCGCGCGGCAGCUGCCUGGCCCCGCGUGCACUAUUUCAGAGUGUAGGUGACUUGUUUACACAGCUUUUUUUCUUUGGGAAGAGGGAGAAAAGGUGGGUGUGUGCCCGGCUCUGCACCCCGACCCGGCGGGGCCCAGGGGGGCUCGGCCACUCCUGCCCCUGCGCCGGCCAGGGCGAAGGCACCUAAGGAAACGCGCCUUAGUUAAGCCAUGGCGGCGGCCCGGGUGGGUCUCAGGCCUGUGUCUGCCGCGCCAUGGCCUGAGGCUCACACCGUCACCAGUGCCGCCCCCCCCCCCCGUGCCAAGGUGCCGCCUGGCUGCCCACGCUAAAGGAAGGGGAAGAAAGGAUUAGGAGGGAGAGACAUCCGCGGAGGGCAGAGCGGCUCCAAUCUUCCCAGCACACCAGAAGGGGCUGCGUGACCCAACAGGACAGAACCUUCUUCAGUCACCCAGUGACUCACCGCUGACUCACCUCAAUGUGUCAUUUCCGGCUGCUGAGUGUGAGCGGGGGACACGUGGGGGGGCAGCCGGCUCCCGGCCACCUCGUUAGAUAAUCUUUACUGAGAGCCUCCGGGUGGGGGUCGAUCAGAAACCAAUUGACUGAAAAACUGCACAACGGGGCGACCAAAGUGCGCCUCAUGGCGGCCCCUCCUCCACCAGCGUCUCCGCCGGAACAGCACGGCUCCUGCUCUGCCUCUCUCUCCUCUCGUUCAUGCACUGGACAGCCACACCCCGUGUCCCCACAGGCCCCAAGUGGAGGGCCAAUUGCUCUUGAAUUUCGUGGGUUACAUACGCCUUUUUUUCACUUUUGAUAUAUAAUCAGGUAAAUGUGUUUUUAAAAUAAUAAAAACAAAGAUUAGCAAACAAA